AUGGCUUUCUCCGCUAAAGAUCACAAUUUAGGUGAAAAAGGCAGGACCACCAACUUUGGUGGCUCUACGCUGGAUUCCAGCCAUAAUCCAGGCAACAAUAUGUUUACAUAUGCUUCAUUCUUCAAGGAUAUCAACUCGCAAAAGAGAACUCCAUUCAAGAUCACCCCUUCCAUUUCUAAUAAUGGUGUUAUCGGCAAAGCUCUUGACUUCACGUCCACCUUCGUUGAAGCCCAGGAUGAUUUCUCUCUGAUCAUCGACUGUGUACAGUUCGUCGGCAUGCACUUCAAGGAGAAAUCGUUAUCAAGCUGUCUCCGUGAACAAUAUCCCAAAGGUCUUGGUAUUCGACACCGUGUGGUUGGCAAGAAUCACAAAGUCAUUGAAAUCAACUUCCCCACAGAAGAGGAUUGUAUGGAAGCCUUGCAGAAAGAGUUUAUUCUCCAAGGUGCAACUAUCCAAGUCAACAAGACCCUGGACAAGCAUGCCAACAUCUUUCGAGUUAGCAUUUCGGCCAUUCCUUACAAGCCGGUGGAGGUACUCCAACCUCUGUUGAUCAAAGCCUUUGAAGAAUAUGGUGAUAUCCUCAAUGUCGGGCUCUGCCACUCCAAGGAUGGGGAUUGGUUCACUGGACGCGGCUUCGUCACCCUUAAUAUCGACAAAUCCAAACAUUAUGCAGCCGAGUUGAAGCCUCAGGUCGCACUUGAUGGCUCGCAGGAGAAUCUCCGCUUGACAUGGGCAAACAUGCAACCCAUCUGUUCGGAUUGCCAUACCGAUGAUCACGUCAAGGCUGACUGUCCUAGGAAGAAAAGGAAGGCCUGCCAUAAAUGCGGUAGCCUUGAGCAUCUGAUUGCUACUUGCCCCCAGGCUUACUGGAAUAGGAAGAAGGACCAACCAUCCCAAGACCGUCGCCGUCGCAAUUCUGACACCCAGGGGAACCCUCCCGCUCCAAAGCCUACUGGAAGAGAAAUUGAUCUUCUAGAGCUAAUGCAAGUACCCAAGCCGAAGUACCUUAACAAACAGAAGGCAACGACUAGAGGCGAAUCCUCUAUGGACACCAGUGACACGGAAUCGGUUGCAUCCGCGGCAUCUUCUGAACCUGUGCAAGACGUUCCUAUGCAAGCGAUUCAGGAGACAAUCGAGCCUCAUGGCACAGAGGUUAUCACUGAAACUUCUAGCACAGAGGUUCCUGCUGACUCUUCAAACAGCGAAGCUCUCAAGGAUGACAAACUGGGUGCAACCCAGGAGGAUCAAUCGGCCAACCAGCCUGUCGCGCCAAGCUCUGACGAAUCUGAAUACGAAGACACCAGUAGUACUGGAGAGGAGGACUCGGACAGUCUCACCACAGCUAACUUCAGGAAUCGUUACAAUCUUCGUGAUGUCAGACCACCGGUCUCCAGCCGUAAGGAUGAUACAACGCCUGAGACAUCCCACAAGAGGAAUGCAAUGGAUUCCACCCCCAUGGGAUCGGAUGAAGAAGGACAUGCCAAGAAGCUCUUCAAGCAACAAGAGCCUCAUGGCACGGCGGAUGCAGCGUAUGGCGCCUCAUCAACAACCACUUCAUUAUAA